CGACCGCCAUUAUAGAUUCCGUUGUGUGUGACCGAGUCUGUUUGGCCGAUUCCGACUUCUCACUCGGGAAAACUCCGUCGCGUUUUCGACGUAACACGCUCCGGUCGUGCACUUGCCGCAAAUUCGAAAAAGGAGAGCGCGGGACACGGAUAGAUAGAGCUUGGCUGGAGCGUGGGAAGGUGGGAAAAGGGAUACUCCGUAGUAGAACAGAUAGAUCGACGAGAGCGGCACCGCGGACACCCACGGCUGGAAAGGGCGCACGAUGAAAACGUACAGCAGGAAAAAGGGCGACAGCCCGAGCAAUGUGAUCAUCCAUGUCAACGAGUUAUGCCGGCUCUGCCUGGCGAAGGAAGAGGAGAUGGUGCCGAUCUACGACGACGAGACCGUGCCGAUGCCGUUGCGGAUACUCUCCUGCGUCAAUAUCGAGGUGGGUCGAGGUUUUUGAGCAGGAUGGCCUGCCUAACAUGAUAUGUCAUCCCUGCAAAUAUCAGUUGGAGAAAUCCUAUCAAUUCAGAAAAAAAUGUCAGGCUGCAGACUCCAAGCUCAGAAAGCAUAUGAAAUUGAUACAACAGUUGACUGGGCAGGACGAAGAAGGCGAGAAUCAGGAUAGCAGUAGGGAUGAGUCUCAAGAAUCCACGGGAAAGUCCAAGCAAGUUAAGCAGCUGCUAGCUGAUCUGGUUUCAACGAAAGGCAACAGUGGUCAGACAGAUGGAGAUCCUAUCGAGGUGACAGAGGAGGAACUCGUUGGUGGCUAUAUUCUGGGAAUGACUUCUGAAAAUCCGGAGAUGGAGGAAAAUAUCUCGGAGGAUCCAGAGAAUAUCACACUGGUACCUGCUGAGGAACGAAUGGCAAAGGCACGCUGUACGAUAAGGACAUCGCGUAUCAAACAAGAGCAGGAGUCCGAUGACGAGACGGAAGAGAUGCAGCGAGGAAUAGGAAAUGAACACAAGAAUGUUUACAUGAUGGAGGUCACCAGCAACAAUCCUAAUGAACCUGAUUCGUUGAAGUUACAGCCCUUGGGUGACACAAUCGUUGAUGCUAAUCCAGAAUUGAAGGUGUUUAAAUGCGACAAGUGCCCGAAAGCGUUCACCCGGAGAAUAAUGUUGAAGAGUCAUCAGUCAGUACAUUCUACACAGAGGGGAUUUACGUGUCAGGCAUGUGAAAAAUGGUUUCCGACAAGAUCUGCGUUAGUGAGACACGAGCGUACACAUACAGGUGAGAAACCAUUUGGUUGCAACAUCUGUCACCGUGCUUUCGCUCAGAAGGAGAUUUUGUUCCGGCAUUUAAUGACACAUUCUGGCCAAAAACCGUUCCAGUGUCAGCAUUGCGAUAAGAGCUUCACACAGCGAGAAGCACUUAAAGUGCACAUGCGUCGGCAUCAGAAAUUGAAUCCGAAUGAUAUUCAAUUGCAUCAUUGUCAACUUUGUCCAAAAGCAUUUUGUCACGCGUCGGGUCUCAGCAGGCACUUGGUUACGCACACUGGUAGAACGUACAAGUGCGUCGAAUGCGAGAAGACAUUUACAGAUAAGAGUUCACUGCUAAGACACAGUCGUAUCCAUGCGCCCAAGAAACUCAUAGCAAAUUGAGCAUAUUUGCUCAGUUUGUUGUGAUUUUCCUGGGAUCUAGUGGGUAUGAAAAAUUCUUUUAAAUUUUUGAUCUGUGUCGGAAUUAGACCUGCAGUGAAUUGUCUAUAUUAGCGAGAAAAAUUUUCAAUCUAGAUUUUUGAAGAGUUUUUUGUGUUUAUUUCAUUGAGAUGGGCUUAAUUGUAUAAUCUCAUAUGUAAUUCGUACAUUUAAUG